AUGCCGUCGAAAAACGCUCGCCUUCAACAGUGGAUCAACUACCGGAUCCGCGUUUGUCUGCAGGAUUCGCGCAUGCUGGUGGGGAGCCUCUUGGCCUUCGACCGUCACAUGAACAUCGUCCUCGCAGAUGCGGAGGAGUUUCGCAAGUUGAAGAUUCGCCACAAACUCGCGGACGGGAAGCAUCAGACGGAGGAGAAGGAAGUGAAGCGAUCUGUCGGCCUCAUGAUGAUUCGAGGCGAGAACAUCCUCACUCUCACUGCUGAGGCGCCGCCCCCCGCGAAGCCGAAGACUGUCUCCGGACCGGUCGCGCCCAACGCAAUCCCCGGCCGCGGAGUUCCUGCGGGCCGUGGCGCGGCUCUCGCGCCGGUCGCGCCGGUCGCACCCGUCGGCCUCGCCGGACCUGUCCGCGGCGUCGGCGGACCGGCGCCGCAGCUCGUCGCCGCGCCUCUCGGUCGCGGCGUUCUGCCUGGCAUGUCCCUGGCGCGUCCGCCGCUGAUGCCUCCGCAGUGA